AGCUGGUCACCGUGAUCUAUUUGCUAUUUAUAGUUUUCUUUUGUAUUCCUGGUCUGUGCUGCCUUGUCCUGGGAGUUUUGGACGACGAAACGCUGAUUUUGUUGUGUAGUUUGAACGGCUGAACUAGAGGAUAUGCUCGUCCGCUAGAUUAGUUAACGGAAACAGAGGCACUAGGUAAAUAGUUAGGCUAGUUGUAGGGCUGUUGUGAUUAUUAUAGGGCUAUAGUGAUUAAAACCCGUGACGUGAUUAUUAUCUGAGCACGGAUUCAUGAAACAGGACUUAUUCACUUAAGUGAAUUCGGCCUGUAAUUCGCUGCAUAAUUUUGGCAAUUAUUAAUAUAAACAUAUUUUAUGAUUUUUAUAAGUAGUCUCUAUGGUUAUGUUACAUUUUGAAUAUUUUAGUCUUAAUAUUUUUAGAUCGUGAAAGUGUGCAAUCUAUUUUACAGUGCAUUUACUAAUACUAGGCUUUAAGAUUACGAACUGCCCCGUCGGGCUGUGUCUCUUUUAAGAGUAAUUUGCCACGAGUAAUACUAGAAAUAUGUAUAAGUUGUAUUUCAAAUUAUUCAUUUUGUCGAGAACUGCUCGUUUUUUUCGCUGUGGUUUCGAUCCGGCGGUUUCAGGAGCGAUGCGACAGCUGCACCGAACGAUAACUAAACGCGAGACCCAUGUGGACGCUGCCGAUGCGUGAAGUUGCGGAAGAAUCGGCGCCGAGUGUCGCCUGUUUAAGGCGAGCAGCCAAAGCUAUUGUACAUGUUACCACAACAGCAGGUCGACCAUUGGCCCCGUAAAAGGGAAUUUUGCAGGUUUGAUUUCGGUUUCAGCUGCCAAGUACAACCCUUUCGAUGGGGUUACGUUUCGACAAACUUGAAAAUGAUUUUAAUACAGUACACAUAACCUAAGAAACAUCAUAACCUAUCCUAUGGCCUGCCUUAAACAUGCUUAGAACACUCACUUUAGCCUAGUUGGGUAAAAUCAUUAACACAAACCCCACUUUAUAUAAAAAGGGUUGAAUAUCUCAUGUAUUUAUUUUAAUAAUGUACUGAAAAUGAAACACGUUUACCCAUCGUAAAGUCGUAAUAUUGUAACACGGACCAUCGUCACCCGUCGGAGCGCCUGUAGUUCAUUUACGUUUAUUAUACAGAAGAUAACAUAACGUGGUUUUCCGGUGAAAUUCAAGUGAUAGGACCCGUAGAAAAUCAGUGCUGGGCACCUUUAGCUUGUACUGUACAUUAUUAUGUGUAUUGCUGAAUGCUGUUUGCAUGCGGAUUUGCAGACCGGAAUCAAGACCACAUCUGCCAGUCAGUGCUGUAGGCGAUGUGUUGUAUAACGGGAGAUGCAGAGGAGCGCUGCUCGGAGGAUGGCUCCAAGGUCCACGUGGUCCUGGGGAACGAGGCCUGCGACCUGGACUCCAUGGUGUCUGCCCUCGCCUUCGCAUAUUUCUUAUACAAAACGUCCAGCAGCUCUGGAAAGGUGACUGUCCCGCUUCUGAACAUCCGGCGAGCGGAGCUGGCGCUGCGCACAGACAACACAUUCCUGUUGCGCCAGUGUGGCCUUCCACUGGAGGCGCUGUUGUUCCGGGACGAUGUGGACCUUGCGGGGCUCCACAAGGCCGGGCAGCUGGCUCUCACACUGGUGGAUCACAACGUGCUGCACAGCUCUGACAGUGGCCUGGAGACGGCGGUCCUCGAGGUCAUUGACCAUCAUCAUUUGGAACGGACACCGUCCAGCCUCUGCCCCGUAACCAUAGAGACGGUGGGCUCAUGUUCCACCUUAGUGACUGAGCGCAUUGCCCAGAAAGCUCCUGAGGUGCUGGACCAACAGGUGGCACAACUCUUAUAUGGAGCCAUUGUCCUCGAUUGUGUGAACAUGGCUCCGGAGGCGGGAAAAGUGACACCCAAAGACAGCCAGUAUGCUGUCUGGCUGGAGUCGCGCUUCCCGGACCUGCCUCCGAGGGGCGCUCUCUUCCAGUCCCUGCAGACUGCCAAGUUUGAUGUUUCAGGCCUGACAACAGAGCAGAUGUUGCUGAAGGACAUGAAGGCGGUGUCUGGGGGAGAUUUAGCGCUGGCCGUCAGUGUUGUUUAUAUGACGCUCGAUGCAUUCCUGCAGCGGAGAUGUCUACAACAGGAGCUCUGUGAGUUUUGCCACAAGCACCGCUUUGGCCUACUGGUUGCCAUGACGAUCUCCUUCAACGAGAAGAACGAGCCCUUCCGCCAACUAGCGGUCUAUAGUUCCAGCACACUCUACAGGGAGGAGGUGAGCCAAGCCUUGGACAAAGCCCAGAAUCCCUGCCUUAACCUGUCUCCAAUGAGCAGCCCUUAUGCUGAUGUCAAAGCCUACCUCCAAGGGAACACCCUGGCCUCCCGUAAGAAAGUGUUGCCCAUAAUCAAGGACUUCUUGAGGGAGUGGGAGCGAAGAACAGUGCAUUGUGGGGAUGUGGAGGACUUAGAAUUGGAGGACCAGUUUGACCCCUCCCGCUCCCCUAGCAUGGACGACGAGACGCGCACCCGGCGUUACUCGGCGUCGCGGCAGCGCCGGCCAGCGGCGGAGGACAUUGGAGCAGAGGAGGAUUGCCAGGUUCCCCCCACGCCCAUGAACAGCCUGGUGGACGGCUGCCCCCUGGAUAACGGCCUGCCCAAAAUCAGCCCCGAGGCCAUCCUGGAGAAGUUUAGCAAGAUGGCCAACCCAGAGGCCACAGAGGGCAAAGGAGUAUCUGGGGGACAUUGAGGUGGGGGUCGGCCUUCCUGUGUGUGCUUCCUGCCCCCACCCCCACCCUUACCACAAACCCAGGAGUCUCAGCAUCUCCCUCUAUGCAGUAAUCAGUGUUCUUUCUACAAUCUCUCUGGACAAACGGAUUCCUGAACAAAGUUACGGUAUUUUAAAUCGGCCAUCUUUUUUGGCCUCUGAUGUAUGGUUUUGAGGGCGUUCCGUCAGUUCCACUUGUUCUUUGAAGAGCCCUGGUUUUUGGCCCAAGCUCUUCAUUUAUUAAACCUUCGUUGUUCUUUCCGGGACUGCAUCAUACUACUCCGGAUACACUUUUUAAUACCUUGGUGUAGUGGUCAGUAACCCUGGUUAAGGGGUUAGUUUUACAUGCUGUGCCUAGUUACCUGUUAUCAUAGACGGUUGUCAUUUUGACAUUAGAAUGUAAAUGAGGGAUUGGUGAUCAUAAAUGUCUUUGUCACUUAGGUCUCUGGAAACAGGAUUCAUUGUCAGAGCUUGUUCAAAUCUGCCCCUAAUAGCUAAGUUGGGGUAUCGCGAGUCCGGCUGCAUAGACCAUCUUCUGGACCAGAGCUUGUGGUCACUAGCUGAUUAGAUUAAGCAGAUGAAAGGAAAUAAACUAAAGGAAUGCAAAGAGGAGAUUUGGAAAUAGGAUGCAGACUCGUCGAGGUGUAGCUUUAUGCGUCCCUUACUGCUACUGCAUUCCACAAUAAUCGGUUUUAAAUUAUUUCAUUCAUCAGCGUCGUGGACAAAGGGAAAUUUAAUACCAUUGUACUGCGUAUUCUGUGUUAUUAUUAGCACUGCGUCCCCAAACUUUCUCUCCAAAGACGUCAUGGAAUUAGCCGGAGUCGAGGAAAGGGCACAGAAAAGCAAACACUUUGCACCGAGGCAGGUGGGAGGCCCUAUCUCUUUGUCGUCUCCCCUGGGUCCUAUACACCACCUCUCCGAGACUUGUCGGGAAGGGCCGUGUGAAUAGAACAUAUCUUCAGCCUCAGGCAGUCUAGAUGCAGCAAGCAAGAGGCCGUGAUGUGUCCCUCUGUGCAAAUCUGCCGUCAUCCCCUAAAUAUACCUGAGUGACACGUGCUUGGAUUUUCCUACCGCUAUUUAUCAGAAUUUUCCAAAGGCGGCUGGGUUUUUUUUCCAGCUCUUGUCUUUUAACGGUUUUUACCAAGUGUUGUGUGGAAGCUGGUAGAGUAAGGGCAGUACGAAAGUAUUCUAUUUAUUCCUGUUAGUUUAUUUCCCUCAAUGUGUAACAUUGUAGUGUUUGGCAUCCACAUCACUGCCAUGAUGUGACACCUGAUGCCUUAAGUUUAGCUGGUAUUAGUGUGUAGCAGUCUGUGUUCUGGAAAUUCAUUUCCUGUUUUUGUUUGCUUGUUGAUUCCCAAAUACUGCUUCAAGGCAUGACUUGCGGGAUUUUCUGACCCAAAAACUGCAAAGCUGAUUAUCUGCAGAUACCCAUAGUUUCUCCCCACUGGUGUCAGAUAAUGUGAAUUAAUUCCUCUUUCUUUACAAAUCUGCUGUAUUGGUGGGACUCCCCAGCAUCCUGAAGAAUGGACAGAUGCGCAUAAUUUGCUGCAACUUGUUUCUAGACCAGCACAUGCAGAGCACCCUAGGUAGAGCUGGUUUUUAAACUUAGAGUUGGGUGUCCUAUUGCCGCGCCCUUCUCUGUCUGCAGAUGAGGUAGGAUUUUGCUUUCCUUAUCACUGACAGCUCUGUUGUAAAUAUAUUCAGCGUAAACAGCUGUUCCAGUCAUUAGCCUCAUGCUGCUACCCAACCAACCCUUUAUAUUAAUUAAAAAAAUACCUCUGCCAGUUGAAGUAUCUGUUCCUGUAGAUUAAUUACAUUCUGUAUUCGUUCAGCAGGUUAGCUUCAUUAAAGUGACAGUUUUCUGUGUUAUAGUUCCCAUCCUGGCCCACUGAGAUGCCCAAACAAUUUUUUCUCCGAAUAACGAAGGCGAUGGGUCUUCACAGGCUUGUGUAGCAGCCGUCUGUAGCCUUGUUUAUUCAGUCUGGAUCUGAAAGGGGUGUGUGUUCGCGUUGAAGAGCUUUGGCUGGUCCAUCCAGUGUAAGAAAAUGUAAGAAACGUAAGUAUGAUGUAGAUUCCAAGUAAUCCUGGCUGUGCCCUGUAUCAGGGAAGGCUGUGACAUUAUGAAUGAUGGCACACUUGGGUGUUGAAGUCCUCUUCUGUGUCUGUAAUGAAGGAAGUCAUUUUAGUGUUAACAGCAUUGUUUGCUUUAUUAUACAGUUUGGUCUAAUUAUUGUAUCAGAUGAGGGGAAUCGCAUUCAGCAUUUUGAUUUAGCUGAAGUCUUGAGACGAGUGUUUAGAUUUUUCUUCCAAACUUCUAAAAACUUGUUUCAAGAUGAUUUCACUGUCCCCUUUCCUUCCUGUUGUGAUCAUUUACAGGAUCAGUGCGCUUGUAAAGCAAUCACAUUUCUUAUCAUUUGCAGACUGAGCGAAUGUGCUAUCCAGUGUACAUAUCUGAUGAUGCUAUACUGUGAACACCCAAUGCUAAUCUGUCGACUUGCUGUCUUUUCGACUCGCUACGAUUUGUUAAUCCAGAGAGCUGGUGACAAAGGUUUUAAAAAGAUGGCAAAUCUUGCAGUGUUGCUUGGUCGCUGCGAUACUAGUCAAUCUGAAUAGUUGACUUAUGUUUAGAUAUAGGCUUAGAUGUAUAUUUAUAAUGACACAUAAACCAUAUAUGUUUGAAUGAUAAUUUGGCUGCUAUGCUUUUGGCCCAUGUGAAGUGUUUCUUUUCAAUUACUGUAUAUAACAUACGGAGUUGGAGCCUUUUGAAAGUGGGAUUUGAGUAACAUAUUUUUUUUGUAAAUGACCAUCACAGGAAAACAGCCGUAUCUGCAAGGCAGUUUCUACAUUGUGUAUUAGCGUAUUGUACUGUAGUACUUAUUAGUAAGAAAGCUAGCAUUGUCAUUCAUGCAAACAGGCGUACCUUGCAAUGGGGGGAAUUGGAGGACUUUAGUUUAAGACAUGAGAUAUUCUGAUGCACUAAUGCUGAUGGAGUCCUUUGAUCGAGAAAAGUGUGGGUGUGAUGCUGCAGUCGGAGUUGCUGUUUGAGUCAACUCCAGGACAUUUGGCUUUAAAGUGGUCUGCCUUUGUGGUCAGAGAGCAGGUCACAUCACUUGUAAUAUACUGGGGAUUGUGUAUUUGGUGGUGCGUGGUAUUUAAUCAUAUUCACAAAGAAGCGGUGUAGUGUAUAAGAUCAGACAGGUGUCAAAAUGUUGUCUCGUUUUUGCAGUCUGAGUCUGCUUUUCUCGCUGGAUGGCACGAAGUGGGUGCAGCACAAUAUGCCUGUUUUACUCUAUUUCAUUUCUGGCUUGACUAACAGAAUGACUGUGCUUUCUUGAGAAGCCUUGUUUUGUCAGCGGGUUUUUCUCAGAAUCUCUGGUUCUUCGUGGCUGUCUGCUGAAUGACCUCAAAACUGGAGUUCACAGGAGCUUCUAUCAAGUGACCUACGAUGUAUCUGUAAAUCAGAGCCAGUAACACCGCUCUGCCCGCUCCAGUACUGGACCACACACCAUGUUCCCUCUUUAUUUCUUUUUACACCCGAUUUAAGCUGGUGUGAGAUGAAAAAUGCCACCUGAGGUGUGUGACAUUGCUCCUCUAGAGUUUGCUGAUGGAGGAGUCACCUGAAGUCCACCCUGUGUAUUCUGCAUUUAAGGUUUUUGGGCAGAAAUUUUAUAUAUGAAGCAGAAAGUCCUUCACCUAUAGAAAAAAAAAAAAAGAGGUACGUUUUGUUUAUCUCAUCAUGUUUCUUACAGGUAACAUUGUCUCGAAUUUCCUCUUAAGAACUGUGUUAUGGAUAGAAAAAAUGUAAAUAAUAAUAAUAAUCCAUUCAGCCAAAAGAUACUUGAUACAUAAUUUAAAUUUAUAAGAUUAACUGAGUUCUUUAUUUUUUGAUAACAGUUUUGGAUGAUUUAAUCUCUUGGUACAGAUUUAUUUUUUAUCUUAAAAGUAUAUAUGUUAUUCAGCGUAUUUGAGACUGGUACUGUAUAUAUUUGCAUGAUUUAUUUAAUUAUGUUGACAUAUUCACUGUAAUGUGCUUAAAGACUAUUCAAUUCAUUUUCAGGUACUAUGCAGGACUUUUAAAAAUAAGAACAUUGCUUAUUAAUGGGUGUUGAUUCGUGAUCGUUUUCUUGUUUUGCUAAUAGUACAGUUUAAAAUGCAAAAAAUAUAUAUGUCACACUAAAGCACACCUCUCCCAAGGGACAGGAGUCAUUUUGUAGUUCUUCUGGAAAAGACUAAGCAGUCAUCGCACCACCAAAGAGUCAGUAUGGAGGCCAGGAAUGAGGGAUUCUGGGAGGACCCGGAAUUGUGCUGCAUGGGUGCUGACUCACAGAAUCCCACCACUGCUGCUCACGGGUCAAGCUGAAGCUGGCGGCAAAUGCUGUCACCGUUUCAGAUGUGUCAGGCAGGUGUCCUGUCGAUGCCAGUGAGCGGAGACGCUGACAGCUACUCCUCUGUCACCCUGUGUCUCCCGUAAUCUCCUGUCUCUCUCAGGUGUCUGUCCGCUGUCUCUGCACCGUGUCCCCCGCGCGUCCCCUGCGCGUCUCGAUGAAUGUUACGAAGCCCAAAGAUACCCAGUCGUUAUUGACCGAACUUUAUCCCAUAUCACCCAACAAAGAUCAAAAAAAAAAAAAAAAAAGCAUGAAGAUUAAAUAGAG